AUGGCUUCGAACCUUAUGUCGCUGCCUCUCGAGGUCAAGGAUCAAAUCUACGGCUAUGUUCUCUCAGACGAUCACGACAUCUUCGCCCACGGCGUCCCAGCACUCCUAAAAACUCACGAGUACUAUCCCUAUCACCGACAACAAUCGCUCCGAAAGAUCUCGAGAUUCGAAAACGACACACGCAAAAAGGCGUUGCUUGUAGUUUGCAAAUCCAUAACACCUCCACAAGCUGUGUAUGAGAAUAUCUUCGAGCUUAGAUCGGAGGAAGAUAUAUUCGACAGGGCUGCAUAUACAUGGUGGCAGAGGCAUUUUGUGUUCUCGAAAGCGACGUUGUUUGCAGAGUAUCUGGCGAGCAAAGGUGCCAAUGCGGUGGUUGACAGGGAAUGCGAAUGUGCUUUUGCGCUGCUUCCGAGGGAGGUGCGAGAUCGAGCAAUGCGCGCAAUCAUCAGUGGUUGA